CAUCCUGGAGGAGAGGAAGUGCUACUGGAGCAAGCAGGGAUGGACACCACAGAAAGCUUUGAGGAUGUUGGUCACUCUACAGAUGCUCGGGAGAUGAUGGCAGACUAUUACCUUGGAGAACUAAGUGAGGAAGACAAGAAGCACACAAAAGAUAAGGGCCCCAAAACCUGGGCAUAUGAUAACUCCAAUCAGAGUUCAUGGAAGUCUUGGCUGGUACCUGUAGGCCUAGCAUGUCUUGCAUCAAUUAUCUACCGAAUGUAUGCCCUGCCACAGUCAAGCUAAUGCCAAUGUUCAUGCCCCUUGAUCCAUCUGAAAUACAUUAGUCAUUGUCUCCUUGUCAUCCUCAAUGGUUUUACUUAUAAUUUUUCACAUCCUUUCUUUAUCUCUUGUUCUUUUUCCUUCCUUUUCCAUGUCUAUGUCAAUAUGGUCUGCAUAGUCAACCAUUUUUUUUUUUCUUUUUUAAGAGUAAAGUAUUUUGCAUAGUAUUUGUAUGGGUAUAUACAUAAAUGCGCGCGCGCACACACACACACACACACACACACACACACACACACAACACACA